GCUCACAAUCAUGACUCCUUCGCCGCUUGACCUGGAAGAAGUCCACAUAGACAGCAUGGAAUAUCCUGUGAAAUUGAAGGCUUUCAAGUCGUAUUCCCUGCCGGAGGGUAGAAAUCCUUAUCGUCGCGAAAGUAAAAUCAUCAGGCUCAAGAACUCAGUCAGAAAUGGCUUCCAAGGAAGUUUGAGGAGAUUGAGUUCUUAUGCUGGUCGAUUAGCAAAACCAGCUAAUCGCUAUAUCAGAUGGAAUUUGCUAUUUACUUUCUUGAUAUUUCUGUUCAUUUCAUCGUCCAUAUGGGUCCCGACCAUCCCUGGUCUCAAUGAUUUCGCUUUGGAAAUUGUCACUAUCAUUUGCAUAGUUCUCCAUCUUCUGUGGAUGGUUGCUGUCUUCAAUGCUUUACGAUACACAUACCGCCUCAGACGUUAUGCUUCUCAUAAAAUUGAUCUCAGCAAGGUUGAUAACCCCGAAAAUAUACAGGUAAAGCAUUUGGUAGGUAUAUGCAUAUACAAAGAGCCUUUACAACUGAUAAUGGAUACUGUAGAUAGUAUUGCUUCGCAACCAGAUGCUAAACAGAAAAUCACAUGCUUAGUCGGUAUGGAAGAAGGUACACCUGAUAAAGAAAAGAAGAAGCAAAUUCUUCAUGAAAAAUACGAGUCACAAUUUGACCGCUUCAUAGUCACUUUUCAUCCAAAAAAUUUGCCAGGAGAUAUCCCAGGUAAAUGCUCCAAUUUCAAUUACGCCUGCCGUCAGGCAGUUAAACAACUACGACUCGAUAAGAACUACCCACUUGACAAAUUUGGCAACAAAGUAGAGCUUCUUGUGACAACAGGAGAUUGUGAUUCCAUAUUCGGUGAGAGAUAUUUUGAUGCCAUGGAGGAGGACUACUGGAAACUUACAGCUGAGCAGCGACGCUCUACUGUAUGGCAAUCACCUCUUUUCUAUUGUAUCAAUCUUGACAAGUCUCCUUUCUUUGUAAGAGUCACUGGUUUACUGAGAGCUUUCUUUAUGAUGGGAUUCUUGAUACCUUGGAAUAUCAACACAAUGAGCAUUUUCUCAUUGACUUUGCCUUUGCUUGAAGCUGGUGAAUAUACGCAUCCAGGCUACCAGAUGGACGAUAUAAUUGCGUUAAUCAGAUGGUCGCUAGCUGUCAGACGAAAAUGUAUAAUCCGUUCGAUUCCGGUUGCCACUCUAAGUGGGCCAACGAGCGGCAAAAAUUACGUAGAUGAAUGGUACGAAUGGGCACGACAGGUUCGUAGAUGGACAAUAGGUGCAGCUGAGGUCUUCCAUUACUUCGUCAUCAAGUUCUUCCGGCUACCAGUCCUAGUGUCGUUUGCUUUCGCCUUCAAAUUCAUUUUCUAUUACGGUUUCCUGCUUUGCAUAGCAUCUGUAUACACUAUUGUUGCUCCCCUUGUUACACCAGCCAUGUUGAGCGCGGUUGAUCAUGGAGUUUGGGGAUUGGUGAUUCCAUCUGGAGAUGUGUUCACAUGGAUUAUGCUUGGCUUCCUUGGCUUGCAGUAUAUUUGGUUCUUCUUUGUUUUUCUUGUAAAUUAUUUAUGUGAACCGGUUUUCCCGGCUGGUACAAAGGACAAAACUGGCUUUAUUCGUAACAUAUUCCAUCUUUUAAUGACGUGGCCCACAAUAACCAUGUACUGCAUAGUAGAAUUAGUAGCUUUCUUAGAGGUUACUGUACGUGGAAAAGCAGUGUGCUCACACAAUGCUUCCAAGAAGGAUAAUCUUGUUGCUCCAGUCACUAAUAUACCAGACAGAAUGGAGGUUUAAUUACGGGAUGUGAUAAGAAAAAUUGCGGGUAGCUUUGGGCAUUAUAGUGAGAUAUCUGAUGUUCAAUAAAAAGUUUUUGAA